GGUCACGUGAUUAAAGGUCAAACGUUUCGCGGGAAUCAAGAUGGCGAACGAGAUGACAGCCACAGCACCCGACUCGGUGCAGUGUCCCGUGUGUUUUAAAGAAUUUACAGCUGCGGAAAUUAACGGACACCUCGAUGUGUGUCUGCUCAAUAGCGUUACCGACAGCAGCCCGUCGACAACAGACGAAAGCGAACCUCCUUUAAAGAAAUCUCGCAUUCGUGCGGAAGCUGUACCACCCACUCCUACUGUCAACAAAACUGUGGCUGGCUCCUCCUCCAUGGCUAGCAAGCCGUCAUCUGCGGUAUUUUCUCUUUUUCAAACCAACAAGAGCAAAGUUUCAGUACAAAGUGAACGGAGUGGGUCAUUCUCAAGUAAACAAACAACUGUCACUGCUGCGAACAAGGGAAUUAAACGUAAUUUGCCAAGCGAAGCAGAACCUGGAUCAAUAAGUACCGAGAACCAACCCUCUGGAUCAAACAAACACACUUUGAAAUCAACAAAUGAUUUAUCGCCACAGACACUGCUGACCAUAAACAAGCCUUUGGCGGAUAUAUUGAGACCAGACACCCUGGAGGAAUAUUUUGGUCAAAGUAAAGUUGUAGGCCAGCAAACGCUCUUAAGGUCACUUCUGGACGCCCACGAAAUCCCAUCUGUGAUCCUGUGGGGACCGCCCGGAUGCGGGAAGACCACUCUGGCUCACAUAAUCGCCAGCAACAGUAAAAAGAAGGGAACAGCUCGUUUUGUCUCUCUGUCCGCCACCAGCGCGUCCACCAAUGACGUCCGAGAGGUGAUUAAACAAGCGCAGAAUGAGCUCCGACUGUGCAAGAGGAAGACCAUCCUGUUCAUUGAUGAAAUCCACCGCUUUAACAAAUCCCAACAGGACACCUUCCUUCCUCAUGUGGAGUGCGGGACGGUAACUCUGAUCGGGGCAACCACAGAAAAUCCCUCCUUCCAGGUGAAUUCUGCCCUGCUGAGCAGGUGCAGGGUGCUGGUUCUGGAGAAGCUCUCUGUGGACGCAAUGGCGUCGAUCCUUAACAGGGCAGUGGCCGCACUGGGGAUCAAGGUCCUAGGAGGAGAUGCAACAUAUCCCAAAGAUCAAGACCAAUCAGAUGCAUACGAGCCAAAGAUUUUCAUUGAACAAAAAGCUCUGGACACCAUAGCCUACCUUUGCGAUGGUGACGCAAGAACAGGACUCAAUAGUCUGCAGCUGGCUGUUCAGGCUCAGGUGAACUUGGCCCGGACCGCCUCGUUAGGACGAGAAAGUUCUCAGGAAAUACUGGUGAAGGAGGAGCACAUUAAGGAAGGUCUUCAGAGGUCCCAUAUUCUGUAUGAUAAAGCUGGUGAAGAGCAUUACAACUGUAUCUCAGCACUGCAUAAGUCCAUGAGAGGCUCCGAUGAGAAUGCAUCUCUGUACUGGCUGGGCCGCAUGCUGGAGGGCGGUGAGGACCCCCUGUACGUGGCUCGCAGACUGGUUCGCUUUGCCAGCGAGGACGUGGGUCUGGCAGAUCCCUCAGCUCUUCCUCAGGCUGUGUCAGCCUUCCAAGCCUGUCAUUUCAUUGGGAUGCCUGAGUGUGAGGUGAUCCUUGCUCAGUGUGCAGUCUAUUUGGCACGAGCACCCAAGUGCGUGGACAUCUAUAAAGCCUAUGCUAAUGUGAAGGCCUGCUUGAGGAACCACAAAGGCCCCCUGCCUCCUGUCCCCCUGCACCUUCGCAAUGCCCCCACCAAGCUGAUGAAACAACUGGGCUACUCUAAAGGCUACAAAUACAACCCAGCCUUCAGUGGCCCCGUAGAGCAAGAAUACCUACCCGAGGAGCUGCAGGGAAUCAACUUCUUCACCUGGACACCUUCAGACUCACGAUGACCUGUUGUAAUGACUGAUGUGGCUUGUUGUAAUGGGUUGUCAAAUGGUGGGUUGUUGGGAUGAACUGAUGAAGUUUAUCAGUCAACCAUCAUGCUAUGUUCAAAUUUAUCUUCAAUUUUACUUCAGUCAGUUGUUUUUGAAUAUUCAAGAAAUUAUACACAAACCAUAUACAGUUAAUUUACUUCUAGAUAUGUCCAUAAUAAAGUCCUUGGUCAUUUCACAUAAGUAAAAAUAUGCAGUACGCCUUUGUGUUUCCACAUCAGAUACUUAAAUGUUCAACGCUAAAGUAUGUCUUGGUUUGUCUUUGUCCUGUCCUUUCAGUGUUUUCAAACAUUGUUUAAACUCAUUAUAACAUUUGUUUCUUAUAAUCUGUAUAUAUUUUGAUGGAAUACAAGACAAAUCUA